CACAUUCCUAUAUACUUACUUUACUCUUUGUUCCACACUCCAUAAUACUGAUAGAAGUGUCACUGUCUGCUGUGAGUGAAGUGACAGUGACAGAAGGUUUAGGUUUACGAUCGAGCUAUGCUGAAUUGACAAUUUAUUAAUAAAAUAAACUGUAAAUUUAUUAUAUUAUACAAAUGCCGAAUCAUAAUCAGUAGAAGUCUCAAUUUUCUUGUUUCUGACAAAUUUCCCUUCAUAGCCGGAGUAUGCUUCUCGACCAGUAAAAGCAUUAUUUUGUAUCAGAAUGAAGGAAACUUCCAGUUGGAAGUAGGAGUUGCAUUGGACUGUUAGAAACAGUUUUAAAUGCACUGGUAAAAUGGAUGGAUCUGAAAAAAUGAAGGAGGGCGAACUGAAAUAUCUGUUACGCCUCCUCGACAACCUCUCGCAGGAGGUCUUUGAGGAAAUACUACAGUUCUUCUAUGACAUAGAGGAAUCCAAACCAUGUAGAGACAUCUCAAAUGAAACUUUAGCAUUUUUGAAGCAAAACCUCAUCAGCAACCCAGUCACCACCUCCAUCAUCCUGAGGUACCUGCAGUUCCACCUCACGCAAAAUAACUUGAACACUAACAAAAUUCAAAUACUUUAUCUGGAAGUGCUAGUAAAUGAUUUAUCAACAACUGAUAGCAUUGACAAGACAAUCACAUUGAUGUCCUUGGUGAAAUGGGAAGAUCAAUUUAUACCCCAAUUCACGCAACAAGUCCUCAAACUGGUCUCUGAUGACACAUACAGGCAGUAUAAAAAACAGAUUCUAAUUGGUUUAGUACCCCAAGAAAGACCAGAACUCUUAAAGGUUACUUCAGAGUUCAUACAGCAGAAUGAGCCACAGAAAGAAUUCAAAUUGACUCCAGAGUACAUGCUGGAACUCUGUUACCAAGACAAGACACAUUGGCUUUUGAAAGCCGCUCAAGUGUACAAGCACCAGCUUCAUGAUAUGAAGAAUGUCACUUUCAAAAUCAACAACUUCACUAAGCAAAUACUCAUAAUGGUUCUUAUAGAUUUGACAAACAGCCCAGAAACUUAUGACUUACCAUCUCUAGUUCACCAACUGACUAAUAUAUUUUCAAUAUUGGACACUUAUUCCACUCCUGAUGAACAACUACAAUUCUAUAUCACAGAAGUUAAGAGAGAGUUGACCAUAAUUAAGUUUUGCUUAGAAAACAAUUGUAAAAUCAUGACCACGUCAAUAUUUAGCCAGGCUUUGACACAAAGUGCUCUAGCAUUAAUUUCCCAAGUGUGCAGGCUUCCAAAAGUAGACAGAUAUAAAGUAUCAAGACUUUUGAAUACAAACAAUGAUAUAAUAACUGAAUUAAUGACAUUACAAGGGAGUACCAGGAGACCAAAAGGUGAUCAGAAUUUAAACUGGGACAUAGUGACUUAUAACAGCUAUUGUUCUAUCACUAAAAUUAUAGACACAAUACUAAAUGCAGCUGAAGGCUCUGAGGAUGCUGUAGAAAUUACCUCUUCCCUAGACGAAGUAAAACGCGUGGUCUUAUCCAUACAACCCAUGCAAGCAUGCAUCGAAGUUAUCGAGAACAUUUUCGCAUGCCUUUUCUUAAGAUACGAGUUCUUUUCGUGCCACGAGCAUUAUCAAGAGUUUCCGUGCGGCACUCAUUCAGACUGUUCAUACUUUUAUUCAAAAAAACAAGUGAAAAAUCCGAAAGGGAACAAGACCGCCAGCGCUGGCUUCAUGUGUAACGCCAUGACGAUGCAGAUUAUUUUAAAUACAUUGAAAUUGUGCUUAGAGUCUUUGGAAGAUAAUGUGAACGCAGAAACAACAGACAGCAUGGUCAUGUCGAGGUUGAAACGCCUUGUGAAGGUUGUGAACCACUCUCUUUGGAAGCUGCAGUUAGUGUCCACUCUCCCGCCCGACACGGGGCCGCUGCAGCUAAAACUAUGCUUAGAUUACGUGGAAGUUGACGAGAGCAGCGAGGAAGAGGAUCGCGAGCUUGACUUGAGGAGCUCUAGGAGAAAAUUGAGGGUGCGGAGACGACACACGAACCCUAAGCCUGAUGUUGAUCAGGUGAUGUUAGCAUCUACAAUCUCUGCUAGUGAAGAUGUAACCAGUUCUACAAAAGGAAACAUUGACUUCAUCUCCGUAAUGCUGGCCAAGCCUAACAGUCUGGUGGCAUUGGCCCUCUAUCACAAUGAUUUCUCUAAAGCCAAUCAAAUCAUAGAGAUGUUCGAUCUAGCCGAUGCCGAAAUCGCAACAGAGGUCUCGUUCACCGAGCAGCUACGCCACCUUGUAGCGAAGAUCAAAAACAUUAUUUACUACAAAGGCGACACUCCCUACGCUACCAAAGAACUGUCCGCCCUUUCCGUAGUAUCCACGGAAGUUAUGGGGCUGGUCGAAGGGUUCCUAGCUUCAAACAGGCCUCCUAACUUUUCAUUUGACGUGAUUCAACUAGCCGCUUGCCAUCCUCACCUACAGCUGUAUAGCCAUCAGAACGCAUCUUUCAUCAACGCUGUAGACAUUCUUUUAAGCAGCGGGCUGAAUAGAGAAAUAACCUAUGGAUUAAUCAAUGUUGUCGAACGAAAACUGGCUGAAGUACGCUCGUCUACGGACGUGACUGCCGUUAAAAAGAUCAACUACAUCAGAUUCAUCGAAGAUAUAGCCAGCGUUACCUUCGAGAUCUUUGGCAAUACGGAAAAGUCCUUCGACUUCAUCGACAACGUAUGCGGCCUCAUCGCAGACUGCCGAAUACCAAUCAAACAUAAAGAAUUCUGCAAAAUGAACCAGCUGUCUAAAGAACUACGUCAAUGCUGCGAGGAUUUAGCAGACAUCGUCAACCCUAACAAGAAUAUCGAUCCGAAUUUGCUGCAAAAAUACCAUCAGAUUUACAUGAACAUCGUAGCCGCGUCUGACAAAGACUUGUGCAAUAUAGGAGAAGUAUCUCGACACGGAAAUAAGAAGACGAGAACGCACUACCUAAGGAUGUGCUACAUGUAUUGUAAAACAGUAUCUCAGCUAGAACUGGAAGAGAACGCCUCAACCUCAACAGAAUCCUCCUACUUCACAGUAUUAGAGAAGCAACUGCACGACAUAUUCGGCAGCAUGAUCAAUACUAAAGAAAUUCCAGUCACGUACUUGGAGCCUAUUUGCAAGAAGCUGAACGUGAAUCUGAUACCAAAAUUAAUAUUGAAUUUUUGCCCGUCGAUUAUUCUAACACCUCACAUGGAAGCCAGCGAGAUAAACUUUAACAAUUUGCUUCAAGCUGUAUAUGAGUUUAAAAAUACGGAGGAAAAUUUGUUUUUGGAACCAGACACAAAUAUGGCUCCUUUACCGCGCGCGCCGACGCCUCAAUGCCUCACGUACAUCGUAUUACACAAUUGGGUGUUGGCGCAUUUGAUCAAAAAGAUUCACACAUCGCCGAACGAGAACAGCUUUCAGCAGAGCAUGGACGCACGAACGAGAUACCUGAACAAUUAUAUGGAACUGGAAAGAUUUAACUUCACCAAGGUUCUCUUUGGGGGUAAUAAGUAUUUAGCGUCUCUGCAUACCACAAUUGAUCUCGACAAGUUGUUCCUGUUCUUGCCUCAGCUGAUUGAAGCUGGAAAGUUACUAAAAUGCCUGAAUAUAAUUGAUGCACUCUCUGAGAGACAAGUACUGUGCAGUGCUAAUUUGAUGAACCUGCGAGAUCUAAUUCUAUUCAAACUGGCGAUUCACCCGAAGAUAGAGCACAAUUGGAAAUACUGUCAGUACCUGAAGUGUUCGGAGCUGAAAGUUAAUCUCAUUCUGAACAAUCUGAACAGUUGGCCUGCCGAGGGAGCUUUGGAGGUUUUAGAUUAUUUGAGAUUCCUACUGGACCGGGAAGUAUUAGACGAAGAUUUACACGAGAAAUGCUCUAAUUGGAUGGUUAAAAUACCACUAUAUAAUCAGAUCGCGUCAAUAAUGGGCUCCAGCCAUUGGUACGACGUUUACGAACAUUCCAUGAAUAACCCCGAGAAUGUAAUAGAAGUUCUGAUGGACAGUCAGCAAUUCCAACUUUGCCUGGACUGGGCCGAGGUCCACGAGGUCUCGGAGCACAUGAAACACUUGAUCAUCAUGAAUCUCUUACGACAGUUGUUUGAAUACACGAAUCAAGCCACUCCUUCUCUAGUUGGUGAACUUUUGUCAAGCUUGCCAACUAGUCAGGCGAUGGAUCUCAUCCAAGAGGAAAUGUCUAAAGUCAGAAACGUUGACAUACUCCAAGUUUGUGUAGACUUCGUCUCUGAAAAUUCUUCAGAUUGGAAGUCGUUUGAAAACAUCAAGAUCGGCUUGCAGAUCAUGCUAGAAAUAGAUGUUAAUCUACGCCAGAUGUUCUGGGAGUUAAUCGAAAAACCUCUGCUGAUGCUUGAGCAAUUUCUCAUGAACGCCAAACUAGAUGUACUUUCAGUAAUUAUUAACAAGAUCUCGAGUAAUUUGAAGAAAGAUCCCAGCGGAGACAACUUGUACUAUAAUAUAAAAUUGAUAGAUAGCAUAGUGAUUUCAAGGAACUCUGUGGAUGCCUUGCUCCGUUUCUACGCCGAGAAGGCUUUGGACAUGAACCCUAAGAACACUUGUGUUGCUCCGCCAAAGCCUUCGGAAGAUUCCCUCAUGCAGUCUAUAGAUUCUAUCAACAUUGAAGCAGCGUCGAGGCCAUUUGUAAUGCCGGAGCAGGUGCCCUCGAAGGAGCAAUGGGCGGAGGACUACUCGACGGAUCGGUGUAUGGUGUGUCAGACGUCUAUAUUCUCUAUGAUAAUUCGGAGGCAUCAUUGUAGACGGUGUGGCAGGCUUGUGUGCCAUGUUUGCUCGAGGAACAGAAUGCAGGUGCCAACAUACCCAAGCAGCGUAAAAUUCCGCGUAUGCAACGAUUGCUACACUCAAACUACCAACAAGAAGCACUCCUCAGACCAAGACAACAUGAUGCUGAGCAGUAACUCCGAUUCUGCCGGCAGCGGCAUCACUUGUAUGGACUGGUGUUUAUCGAACAAUUCUGGGAAAAAUGAAGCUGUGAGGGCAGAGUUCGGAUUCGAAUUUACCCCGAAUGUUACUCUGUGUUUGAGUAUUAUGAAGAUGCACUCGAUCAGCUUGGAAUAUCCGAAGUUUCUCCUCGACCGGAGCGACGAGAUCGCCCGCGCGGUGUCGGGCGGCGGCGACGCGCGGCUGCUGGUGCGCGCGCGCCGCUCGCUGCUGCUGGCCGCCGCCGAGCUGUAUUCGCGAGCGCCGCACGAGAUCGCCGGCAGCGGGCGCGGACGCAUAGCGGAGACGGGCGCGGCGCACGCGGCGCGCUGCCUGGCGCACGCGGACGCUAUGGCCACACUCGUGCAGCAACAGGCGCACCACCUCGUGCCGCGCAUACAGCACCCGAGUCAAAUAGUCCGCUCCCUUCUAGAAGCCGAAAAAUGGGAGCUGGCUCUAGAAAUAGCCACCAAAUCCGGGAUCCCUCGCAACAGCGUGUUAGCCGCCUGGGGCAAGGCGUGUCUCAAGGCGGGCUGUUUCAAGCAAGCCAGGGAGAAGUUCGCGCACUGCUUCAAGAACACUGUGAACGUGUGCAUGGAGGUGGCCGAGGACUGCGAGUACGGGAGGGAGGCUUCUGAGCAGUUCUUGAAUAGGAGGCUGCAAGGUUUAAGACAGUCAGAACGAACCAGCUCAGUGUCAAGCACCCAAUCCGAAGGCCGCCCUCGAGCCAACCCGCCCCUGCUCAACGAGAUCAUCAGCAUGCUCGAGGACAUGAACUACCCCGUCAACCAGCACAUCCUCAACAAGGCGGAGACUAUGAAGUCAACAAACGAAAAACUUACAUCCCAAAACGCAAGCAAAAAGCGUAUCCAAGUCACCGAGCCAGCCCUCAACAUAAUGCACAUACUAGCGAGCGUGAAAAAAAUCAAACAGGGAGACUAUAGCGACUUCCAAACGGCCACCGUGCAGCCUAAGAAAAGCCUCGCACAAGGAUUACUAAGAAGAAACAACAAUCACGAGCCUAAAGUCGACCAUCUAGUCAAAAAACUGGACCCAUUCUUUUAUAAAGAAUGUGUUUAUUACUUAACUAACUACGGUUCUCACGUAGCCAACAUAGCGUUCUAUAUGAAGUAUAAGAACAUGUCAGAGGUGUUGACGUAUUGCUACGAUAACUUGGUGGAUAAGGAGACGUUUACGGAGUCGGUGUAUAUGGAGUGUUUGAAGAAGGAUAAGGUCAACGAGCUGCUGAAAGCUAUGAGUGAUGUGGAUAGCACGCUGGAUUUGUGGUCGGAAUACAUAAUGCACAUCUGCCGCACGCUCGAAGCCACUAAGCGCCUCGAGGCACUGUACGCGCUGCAGUGCGGCUCCGGGCAGCACGCGCGCGCCUCGGCCACCUGCGCGCUGCUGUACGCGCGCCCCGCGCGAGGCGCGCCCUUCGCCGUACUACACGGCCGCAGCGGGACCGCGGCCGCCGCGCUCCAUCAUCUCUCGCAGUGUGUUCCUUUACGAAACCGAACAAACGACCCGAAAUCCAUCCACUUCCACCUAGACAAAGUGACGAUAGACAACCUCAUGACCACAAUAUCGCGUCAAAUGGAAGUCGCAAAAUACUUAGCAGCGAACGAAGCGGCCGGCCGUUUACCACUUAACGUCAUAGAUGAGGUUAUACCAGUGCAGAGCAGGAGGGACCCGGACGCAAAGGAGUUUAGACCACUUACGUUAUUCGGAUCGAAUACGGACAAGAUACGGAUAGUCGCUUUAAUACUGGCUACCGGACAGUCUGUUAAGGAUGGAUUCGACUUAUCUUUCAAGGUAAUAACAGAGCACAAGCUGGACUCUAUGAACAUCUACACACAUGUAGCCAAGUAUCUGGUGAACACCGACCGCUUCAUGGAAGUGAAGACUUUGGCCAAGUGCAUCAGGGAAUCCAAGGAAACUGCGUCCAGCCUGAUGAGCGACCAAGUGCUGGAGUGGGGAGUGGGCGCGGUGGUGGCGCGCUGCGAGGCGCGCGGCCAGCUGCACGACGAGCAGGCCGAGCUGCUCAUACAGCACGUGUCCAGCCUCAGCAUUAAGAUAUCAUGCUACCUACUCUGCCGGAACGUAAGCAACGCGUACAUACUAGCGGCGCGCCAUGAGCGCACCAACGAGCUGCGCCGCGUGCUGCACGAGGCCGAGCGCCUCGGGCACGACCAGGUGCGCUCCGCCUGCCUCAAGCGGCUCACCGCCAAGUCCACCAUCAACUGAACGUGCAGCUAUAUCUUCAAUGCAGGACUCGAUGUUUAGACGAAUGGCAUGUAUGAUGAAUAGGGUCCACACAAAGCGAGUUGUCUCGCGAGUAAAUGCCGCGCGAAGCAGUUAAGUCUUGCCUCGGGCGAGGGGCGGCUAUUACUUCGCGAGGCAGUUGUUUUUGUGUGAACUCGCCUAAUAAAUAAAAUUGUACGAAAAUAUAAGGCACAAAAGCAUAAAAGGCGCUGACACUGUAUUUUUUUUUUACAAGACGCAUUAUUUAUGCAAGGCCACUCUAAGGUGCAAUACUUGUAACAAUGUCUUGACUUAGCUUGAAUGACUUGAUUAGUUUUGUUCUGCUACACUCAUAAACUUGCUAAUUAGAAAGAGUUAUAAGUAUAUACUGUAACUGACAAUUAUUUAACCUUAUUGCAAAUGAUUAAGGGCCACAAUUGGUCACUUAAGUGUUGCUGUUAGUAUAUGCUCGCUGUUUUAAUAGACCUUUUAUAGAAAAACGUGACAAUAACACAAGUUUGAAUGUUCAUAGUCUGACGUUUACCAACCAUCCAACACAAUAAUAUUCGAACUUUUCAAAUCACACUGUAUGCUUAUAUUACUUGUCAUUAUAACUAGAGAUGGUAGCUAGUCAGUUUUAGAAUAAUGUUACCUGCUUACCUUUGGCAAUGGCUAUAAUUAAACAUAUUCACUGUAUAUAUUAUUUUGAAAAGGUUUUUGACUCGAGACGAUAGUGUAUUUGUACUUGUUUAUAAAUUCGAGAAGUGACAGGAAAUUUCAUAAAAUGACAAUGUCCAAAUUUUAUUAAAAAUUAAAUAUAGAUUUGAUACAUUUUAACAAGGUCUAUUUAGGACUAUUAUCCAAACCAAAUGAAGUGUAAUACUUGAAGCCAGUUAGUAGUACCUGUCGAUUCACAAGAGCUGGCACGAAUUGAAUGAACGAGCGAAUGAAAUAACUAUGUGUGUUACACUUUAACCAAUAAAAUAAAAUGGUGGCUCUGACUGUGUACCGAUACAGGGCUAUAACCGCGAAAACCCAAGUUCACCAACUGCCACACCAUCUUUCUCUGUUACUCUAAUUACGCCUUAAUGGGAGUAAAAGAGAAAGAUGCCCACAAUUUGCGAACUUCGGUGUUCGCGGUAGGAUUCCAAUUACUCAUAUGAAAGUUUUGUUAAUUCAAUUCUUGCCAGCUUUCAUGAAUCAACCUGUACCUGCUCGUGCACUGACUUCUAAAUGCAAUUAGUUUUUUUUAUCUGUAAGUAUUAAAGGAAUUAUGAUAUUUAUUAGGAAUUAUGAUAUUAUAGUAUUUUUCUUUGUUAACCAAAUCAAAUGAAUUAAGUAUUAGUGAAAGUGUCUUAGCAUUUGUUAAAUAUAUGUAGGUACAGGUGUAAAUUUUGUAACCUACAACAAUUUACGGGGUUAAUACAUAGGUCAUACUGAGCAACUUUUACUAUUGGACCAAUCAAAACAAAAACCCCGUAAAUUAUUGCAGGUGACAUUUGUGAAAUUUACACCCUGUAUUGCUUGCUUCAAUUGUAUUAAUAAUUUCUCUUUUUGUUUCAUAAAUAUAGUGUGUUGCUAUUGCUCUAUGUAUGAAUGCAAAGUUUCAUAAUUGUGAAAAACAGUGUAUGUGUCAAUAUGAAUUAAUAUUUUGCAUGGGUCUGAAAUAGAUAAUUUCAAUAGGCAGGUCCACAUUGAGCGAGAAUACGCGCGAGGCAAUUUCCUCUCGGCCGAGGCACGUCUACACUGCAGCACUGGCCGUUUUGUGCGCGAGGAAAUUGCCUCGCGCGUAUGCUCGCUCUGUGUGGACCCGCUUAAUAAGAUACAGAUGGUUAUGUUAAAAAUUACCUAAAUAGUUGUAUAUAGCCUACUAUAAUACAUAUUUUUAUAUGAAUUUGAUAAAUAAACUGUUAUAAUUGGCAAGGCUCAAAGAACAUAUUUAAAAUUCUAUACACCUGGUGCUUGAUAUUAUUAAACAAAAUGAAAGUAUAUAAUCUUAGAUUUAGGUAUAUUAUAAUUUGUAUUGGUCUCAUUCUUAUUGUGAUAUUCUAAAUUCUUUAGUUAAUAUUGUUAUUUGAAUAUAAAAUCUAACAAAAUAUAACAUUAUACGUAAAAUUAAA